AUGGAGGCCGUUCUGAUUUCGGGCGCCCAAGGAUUAAACAGCGAAGGACUUGAAGGAGUGGACAGUGGCCGGCGAUAUCGCCAUCACUCGGUCGACGGGCGCCCAAAUCCGCCUUCAACAUCGCGAGGAAGAUUUUCUCCAGAAGGACGUCCAUCCCUGCGCGGGCGAUUUAACAGCGACCUCGGUACAGGCGCCUUCGAACAAGCCGCGAAAUAUUUACGUCCGGAUAAAAUAUCCGUCUAUCCUCUUUUCGGAGGAUCGACGAAAAGAGGAGGAGUUAGAGUUAAAAUUAACGUGAGUGGAAUGAUUUUUGAAACCCUCGAGUCAACGCUUUCGCGCUUUCCAGAUUCGCUAUUGGGGUCACCGAUGAAGCGCGAAAAAUAUUACGACUCAAAGAAGAGAGAAUUUUUCUUCGACAGAAAUCGAGUUGCAUUUGAUGCUAUUUUGUAUUUCUAUCAAUCACGCGGAAAACUAUUGAGACCCGUCGAGAUUGACCGCAAAACUUUUUGCGAGGAAAUUCAGUUUUUCGAAUUGGGAGAAGACGUUAUCGAACGUUUCAAAGAAAUGGAAAUGAACGUGGUAGACCAAGACAUUGGUCCUCUACCGGAAAACCCGAUUCAAAGGAAGAUAUGGCAAGUAAUGGAGCUACCACAUUCAUCUCUUCCAGCCCAGAUUGUCGCCAUUUGGUCAGUAGUUGUGAUUUUAGUGUCAAUAGUUAUAUUUUGCAUCGAAACACUGCCUCAGUUUAGGGAAAGUCGUAACGAUAAGAACUCGGCGCUGUAUGGCUUGGAAAUUUUCUGCGUUGCUUGGUUUACCUUUGAGUAUGUUGUUCGCUUGCUCGCGGCACCUCAAAAACUGCGUUUUUUACGCUCGUUUCUGAACAUCAUUGACCUAGUUGCUAUUUUACCCUAUUACGUUAUACUCGGUUUAUCUGUGAGUGGUGGCGAUGAAUCCGGUAAUACUUCGUACGUAGCCUUUUUCCGCAUACUUCGACUAGUGCGAGUUUUCAGAAUCUUCAAAUUAUCCAGACACUAUCGCGGUUUGAAGAUCCUUGGCAUGACGCUGAGAGCAAGUCUCCGAGAGCUUCUUUUGUUGUCCUUCUUCCUACUCAUGGGUGUUAUAAUAUUUUCCAGUGGAGUUUACUACGCGGAGAGUGCUAAUUUUGGAAGCAUCCCCGAAGCAUUUUGGUGGUCUGUAGUUACUAUGACAACGGUAAGUUUCUGUUCAUUUACAUUUGUCAAUUGCAUUUCCUCCGAUAAUUGGAGGAUAAGAUAGGUCUUUGAAGGCCAGCAUUAAUGAAAUUUCAAAACACUCAUGAAUGACGCCCAAUCAUGACAACACUUACAAUCAUCAAGUGUUUUUGUUUUUUUCUUUCCUCUUUUUUUAUUCUGUUUCAUAAUCUUUAAAUUAUCGAAGAAACAUGAAUCAGUCACAGUUUCAAAUUGAAAGAGCUUAGUACAAAUCUAAUUUUUUCGUUUCAUGAAAAAACACGAUAUUUGCAUAUUCACACUCAAGUUUGCAUGUAAAUCUCAAAGUCUGAUAUAAAUUGCAAGGGAAAUACCGAAAAACAUGAAGUUUACCCACGAUUCCUUACAAAAAAGAAAAUAUCUGCCCGAGAAACAAAAUACUUCACAAAAAAAUUGUCAUUCAUUAUUAAUGCUGAGCAUAACUGCCAUUUUAUUGAUUGGUUUUUGUAUUGCUCAUUAAACAUCUCUAAUAUAAGUUUGACGACAUUUAGUAUUUCAUUCGCAGAGGUGACGAGAAUGUUUAUUACAUUUUCCAGCUAGUGAAGCGCGUAAAAGAAAUUCUAAUCAUAUUUAUUAUAUUUUAGUCUGUACAUGACCAGAUGGCGAGCGAAAAUAAACAACUCCGCGGGAUGACACUGAAAAUUUUGAAAAAAAUCAAGAGUCGGCUUUGACCAAAUUAUUUUUACAGAGCGCACUGAGAUAAAAUUCUAAACUUCUCGUAAAAGAAAAUUUUCAAAUAAUCAGACUUGCUGUGAUUGCUAUCACUUCGAUAUUUAAAGAACCGUACAAUCUCGGAAAAGAAGUUGAUUGGCGAUAAUUUUCAGUCGUUGCUCUGAAUGCACUCGACUUUCUCUUUCAUUAUACCGAGCGAAAAAGGCUGAAAUGAAAAAUUUUUAUUCAAAAUGGUGCUAAUAAAAGAAACAUUAAUUAUUUAAAGGCGGUAGUGUUGCAGAAAAUUUCAUUCGCGAUGCACGGAAGCGUAUUCAUUUGUGAAAACCCAGCUCGAGGUCAUAAAAAAUUAGAGAUAGAUCUGGCUUUGUAUGAGCAAGCGUAUAAUCUGCAGCGAGAAGGAAGAAUUAUCGAUCGCCUUACCGUUUCAAAAGCGACCGGAAGAUUAAAAUAUUGUUAUUGUAUGCUCUUUAGGUUGGAUAUGGAGAUAAAACCCCCACUACCGCAUGGGGAAAGGUGAUUGGCUCCAUGUGCGCAGUCGCAGGAGUACUCACACUAGCUCUGCCUGUUCCAGUGAUUGUAUCAAACUUCAGUUAUUUCUACAAUCUGGAUAAAGAGAAGAGAGCGGAGACUAGCGACUAUGAAUCUGUUCCUAACACUUCUCAAGAGCGAAUGUCUGAAUCGCCGUAG